UGGAAGCAGCACAGCUUCCCUCCGGAUUCCUGGCUUGCUUUCUUUCAGGACAGAGAUGAAGAGCCAGCCCCGGGGCCAGGGAGGCCGGGGUGCCCCAGGGGGCGGGUGGCAGUGUGUGCUGGCCAGUGCCCGGGGCCUGGGUCCGUGAAGACAACCCGCUCUGCUGCUCAAGUGCCUCUGCUGACCCGAAAUGGAAAACUUCCAGUACAGCGUCCAGCUGAGCGACCAGGAUUGGGCUGAGUUCUCGGCCACUGCCGAAGAGUGUGGCCUCCUGCAGGCCGGCCUGGCCUCUGGGGACGAGCUCUUGUCGAGUGACAUUGACCAAGGGGACAGCAGUGGCAGCAGUCCCCCUGGGCCCCUGCCCCUUCUCCAGGGGCAGCCGGCUUCCAGGGAGAGGGGCUGGCCUAGCCUUGAGGAGGAGGACAAAGCGGCCACUCGGCAGCUGGUCAGCAGGUCUUGGCGUGAGCCCGUCUUGGCACUGGGGGCCGGUCAGCAGACAGCCAGCACGUCUCCACAGUCAGACGCUCGGCUGUCCCUCAGCUCUGAUGCCACCCCUCCUGGCCAGAGCUCAGCCCUCCCAGGGCCACUGUCGUCCAGAGAGGAGAUGCAGAGGCUUCUGCAAGGGCCAGCGCCCCGGGGCCCUGCCCCUGGUCCCCCUGGUGAGCCUCCUCAGAGCCCGGAGUCUCCUGGCCCCAGCGCUGCCCCUCAGAGGCCUCCUGGCAGCCCUGGAGCCCCGCCACGCAGCUCCAGCCGAAAGAAGAGGCGCCCUGCAGGUGCCAAGGGGGGCGGGCGCUCGGGUGCCCCCGGCUGUGCCCCCACCCAGCUGGGCUGCCCACUGCUCAUGGAGGCCAGGCCCGAUGAGGGACUUGGCCCAGCUGGGUCCAGGGGGAAGGGUCUCUUAGCUGGGACAGCAGAGCAGACAGCAGGGGCCAGGCAGGACAAAUGGAGGCCAGAGUCUGCAGGAGCCCCUGAGCAGGCGACCAGGCAAGGGUCAGGCUUGGAUCUGUCUACACCUGUCUCUACAAAUGAGCCAGGGACAGACCUGCUCAGCAUGAGCCCCAGAGCUGAGGAACAAACUGUGUCCACAUCUGCCCAGGAGGCUCGUCCAGAUGUCUCAAUAGUUAAGUCAGAUGUGGCUCUGUCUACACCUGCCUCCAAGCCUCAAGCUGACGCAACUCUGUGUACAUCUGCCUCCAAGCCUCAACCCAACACGCUUCUGUGUACACCAGCAUCCAAACCUCAACUCGACAUGCCUCUGUCUAUACCUGCCUCCAAGCCUAGACUGGAUGUGGACCUGCCUACACCAGGUCCAGUGGUCAAGCCGGAAGUGGAUUCAUCUACACCUGUCUCAAAGGCUAUACCAUGCACAGCUCUGCCUCACCUUAUGUCCAAGGCCCAGUCUAAUGUGGGUGUGUCUACACUUGCUCCCCUUCCCCAGGCUGAGCCUGACAUGGUGGAGGUUGCCCCAGCGGCUGAGCUGGGUUUGAGCCCCACUGUGUCUCCAGCAGGGCAGCGAGAGAAGCCCAGAGGGGAGCCUUCAGCAGGUGCCCCUGGACACCACUCAGGGGAGCCUCCCGUAGGCGCCAUCCAAACCCCCAAGAAGAAGAAAGUGCGAUUCUCCAUGGCUGUGCCCAGUCCCUCCAAGGAGCCAGGGUCAGGAGAGGCCUUGGGCCCACCCUCACCAGCCACGGCCAGGCCCUCAGCCCCUAGGGCAGCAGCUGGGGGCCGCAGGGGGCCUGGAGCCUGGGACGCCAUGGCGGUUGGGCCCCGGCCCCUCCAGCCUCGAAUCCUGAAGCACCUGCCUCCCCCCGUCCCCUCUGCCUUGGAGCGGCCCGAGCCCAGGAGCUGCUUUGCAGUGACCCUCCCAGAAGCCUAUGAGUUCUUUUUCUGUGACACGAUUGAGGAGGAGGACGAAGAUAGUGAGGAGGCAGCAGAGGCUGGCCACACCCCAGCUGAAGUCCAGUGGCCAGACGUGUGCGAGUUCUUCUUCCAGGACUUGCAAGCCCAGAGGUCGGGGCACCAGGGGGGCCGCUCCCUGGCCCCACUCCCUCAAGCCAAGCCUGUGCCAGCCCAUCCUGGAGACCCCGUGCCCAUCUCCAUCCCCGAGGCCUAUGAACACUUCCUUGGGGAGGACAGGGGAGUGGGCAUGCUGGGACCGGCUGCCCUUCUCCAGCUGCAGGCCACAGAGAACCCCAGGUCGGUCCCCCGUGGAGUGGGCCCUGGCACCCCACCAGAGGCCUGCCCAGCCACAGCAGAGCAGCUCAGCCUGGCGGUCAGGCAAGCAGGGAAGCCCCGGGGUCCUCUCACCUCGUUCACCUUCAGCCAGAACGACAUGUGCCUAGUGUUUGUGGCCUUUGCCACCUGGGCUGUGAGAACAUCGGAUCUGCACACCCCAGAUGCCUGGAAAACAGCCUUGCUGGCCAACAUUGGCACCAUCUCUGCCAUCCGAUACUUCCGCCGGCAGGUGGGGCGGGGGCACCGCAGCCCCAGCCGCAGCCGCAGCCCCAGCCCCUAGGACCCAGGCGUGGCCCAGGAAGACGCAGGACCAGGAAACUGCCACAGGUGCUCAGGACAGGCACUGCCCUCAGGCCUUGCCCUUGACCUCUGUGUUCUACGGCGUCUUGGAAGGAGCCAGUGUCCUCGGUCCUGGCUCCCUUGGACUCUACCCAAGGCUCCAGCCAGUGGCCGAGGCUGUACUCCACACGUGGGAGGGGGAGGU